AUGUCAGAUUCGCAACAAUCUAUCGAAGUUCUUGGCCAAUUGAUGGCUGAACUUAAAAUUUGUGAAAAUGAUAAUAUUAGUAACAUUUCAACUGAGAUAUCUUCUUUUAUUAAUGGUAAUAUUAUUGAACAUGAUAUACCUGAAAAUUUCUUCAUCGAAUUAAAUAAAGGUAUUGAAGAUAAUAAGACAGUUUUCAAUUUUAUUACUGCUGUUUCUCAUAUUGCCAACGAAGUAAAUUUAUCCCCAUCUGUUGAACCAUAUGUUGUUGCUACUGUCCCUUUGAUUUGUGCAAGAUGUGGUGAUAAAGAUGCUAAAAUUAGACAUGCUUCAGGUAAUGCUUUAGUUGCUAUUGUUAAAGCUAUCAAUCCUGUUGCUACAAAAGCUAUCUUACCACAUCUAACUGACUGUUUAGAAAAGACUAAUAAAUGGCAAGAAAAGGUUUCUAUUUUGGCUACUAUUUCUACUUUGGUCGAUUGUGCUAAAGAACAAAUUGCUUUAAGAAUGCCUGAAUUGAUUCCAAUACUGUCAGAAGCUAUGUGGGAUACUAAAAAAGAAGUUAAAGAUGCUGCUACUUCCACAAUUACAAAGGCUACUGAAACUGUCGAUAAUAAAGAUAUCGAAAAAUUUAUACCAAAAUUAAUCGAAUGUAUUGCUAAUCCAAAUGAAGUUCCUGAAACUGUUCAUCUGUUAGGUGCAACAACUUUUGUCUCUGAAGUUACACCUGCGACCCUUUCCAUUAUGGUCCCAUUGUUAGCAAGAGGUUUAAAUGAAAGGGAAACUUCAAUUAAACGUAAAACAGCUGUUAUUAUAGAUAAUAUGUGUAAAUUGGUAGAUGAUCCACAAGUUGUUGCUCCAUUUUUGGAUAAACUUCUACCAGGUUUAAAAAGUAAUUUUGCUACUAUUGCUGAUCCUGAAGCUCGUGAGGUUACCUUAAGAGGUUUGAAAACUUUAAGAAGAGUUGGUAAUGUUGGUGAAGGUGAUGUAUUACCAGAAGUUUCUCAUGCUGGUGAUAUCAAGACUACCUUGGAUAUAUUCACUAAUCUAUUAAAAGCUGAAAAUGUGCCAGCAAGAUUUAAAAUUGUAAUUGAAUAUAUUGCUGCUCUUGCUGCCAAUUUGGUUGAUGAAAGGAUAAUAGACCAACAAGAAUGGUUCACUCAUAUUACCCCUUAUAUGACUGUUUACUUACAUGAGAAUCAGGCUAAACAAAUCUUAGAUCAAUUUAGAAAGCUAGCUGUUGAUAAUAUUCCUGAACCUCCAAAUAGGGAAGAAGUUGAAGAAGAAGGUGAAGAUUUAUGUGAUUGUGAGUUUUCAUUAGCUUAUGGUGCCAAAAUAUUAUUAAACAAAACUCAUCUAAGAUUAAAGAGAAGCAGGAGAUAUGGGUUAUGUGGACCAAAUGGUGCUGGUAAGUCAACUCUUAUGAGAGCUAUUGCCAAUGGACAAGUUGAAGGCUUUCCAACUCAAGAUGAAUGCAGAACCGUUUAUGUAGAACAUGAUAUUGAUAAUACUCAUGCUGAGAGUUCAGUCGUUGAUUUUGUAUUCGAAGGUGAUGUUGGUACUAAGGAAGAAAUUCUUGCAAAAUUGAAAGAGUUUGGAUUCAGUGAUGAGAUGUGUAAUAUGUCUAUUUUUUCUUUAUCUGGAGGUUGGAAAAUGAAAUUGGCUUUAGCCAGAGCAGUAUUAAAGAAUGCCGAUAUUUUGCUAUUAGAUGAACCAACCAAUCACUUAGAUACUGUAAACGUCCAAUGGUUAGUUGAUUACUUGAUUACUUGUGGGAUUACCAGUAUUAUUGUUUCUCAUGAUUCUUCAUUCUUGGACAGUGUUUGUCAGUAUAUUAUUCACUAUGAAGGAUUGAAAUUGAGAAAAUACAAGGGUAAUUUAUCUGAAUUCGUCACUAAAUGUCCAUCCGCUAAAUCGUAUUAUGAGCUUGGCGCUACAGAGCUGGAAUUCAAAUUCCCAGAACCGGGAUAUUUAGAAGGUGUUAAAACAAAGCAGAAAGCAAUUGUCAAAGUUUCUAAUAUGUCUUUCCAAUACCCAGGAACUUCUAAACCACAAAUUUCCGACAUUACCUUUCAAUGUUCCUUAUCAUCCAGAAUUGCUGUUAUUGGACCAAAUGGUGCAGGUAAGUCAACAUUAAUCAAUGUUUUAACAGGUGAAUUGUUACCCACUGAAGGUGAUGUUUAUACCCAUGAAAAUUGUCGUAUUGCUUAUAUCAAACAACAUGCUUUUGCCCACAUCGAGUCUCAUUUAGACAAGACACCUUCGGAAUAUAUCCAAUGGAGGUUCCAAACUGGGGAAGAUAGAGAAACAAUGGAUAGAGCCAAUAGACAGAUCGAUGAAAAUGAUGUCGAAUCAAUGAACAAAAUUUUUAAGAUUGAAGGAACUCCUAGAAGAAUUGCUGGAAUACAUUCUAGAAGGAAGUUUAAAAAUACUUAUGAGUAUGAAUGUUCAUUUUUGUUAGGUGAAAAUAUUGGAAUGAAAUCAGAAAGAUGGGUUCCAAUGAUGACAGUUGAUAACGCUUGGCUACCUAGAGGGGAGUUAAUAGAAACACAUUCAAAAUUGGUUGCUGAAGUUGAUAUGAAGGAAGCACUAGCAUCUGGUCAAUUCCGUCCUCUAACAAGGAAAGAAAUCGAAGAACAUUGCGCCAUGUUAGGUUUAGACGCCGAGCUGGUGUCUCACUCUAGAAUCAGAGGCUUAUCUGGUGGUCAAAAAGUCAAGUUAGUAUUAGCUGCAUGUACAUGGCAAAGACCUCAUCUAAUUGUUCUAGAUGAACCUACAAAUUAUUUGGAUCGUGAUUCAUUAGGGGCAUUAUCUAAGGCGCUAAAAGCUUUUGAUGGUGGUGUAAUAAUUAUUACACAUUCAGCUGAGUUCACCAAGAAUCUGACUGAUGAAGUUUGGGCAGUUAAAGAUGGUAAAAUGACACCAUCUGGACAUAAUUGGGUUACCGGACAAGGAUCUGGACCUAGGAUUGAGAAAAAAGAGGAAGAAGGCGAUACCUUUGAUGCUAUGGGUAACAAAGUGGCUGGCGCCAAGAAGAAAUCUAAAUUGUCUGCUGCAGAGUUGAGAAAGAAAAAGAAGGAAAGAAUGAAGAAGAAGAAAGAAAUGGGAGAUGAGUAUGUGUCCUCUGAUGAAGAUUUUUAA